AUGGCGACUUUUGAUGACGGUGAUUUCCCCGCUCAGACCCAUUCUCCUUCCGAACACGACGAUUCAUUCAUGAGCUACGAAAAUUUCUCCGAAGCCCCGCCACCUCCGACUCAACCUCCACCCGGUGGCUUCUCCUCCUUCAACGGAGAUGGAGGCUAUGGAUCUGAAAAUCCCGCCUCUCCAAACGGCUACGGAUUUGCUGCUUCCUCCCCCAACCAUGACUUCUCCUCGCCUUUCGAGUCCUCCGUGAACGAUGCCAACGGGAACGGCGGCGACGCGAUCUUCGCCUCCGACGGACCGAUUCUUCCAGAUCCAAACGAGAUGCGGGAGGAGGGUUUCCAACGCCGUGAGUGGCGCCGUCAAAACGCGAUUCACCUUGAGGAGAAGGAAAAGAAAGAGAAGGAGAUGCGGAAUCAGAUCAUAGCGGAAGCAGAAGAAUACAAGAAGGCCUUCUAUGAGAAAAGGGAGAAGAACAUCGAGACCAACAAGGCUGAUAACCGCGAAAGGGAGAAGCUGUAUUGGGCUAACCAAGAGAAGUUCCACAAAGAAGUUGACAAGCAUUACUGGAAAGCAAUAGCAGAGCUAAUCCCGCGUGAGGUUCCCAACAUUGAGAAGAAGAGAGGCAAAAAGGAUCCGGACAAGAAACCAUCGGUGAUGGUUAUCCAGGGUCCUAAACCCGGGAAGCCGACUGAUCUAGGGAGAAUGAGGCAGAUAUUCUUGAAGCUCAAGACAAAUCCACCACCGCACAUGAUGCCUCCUCCGCCGCCACCCAAAGACGCCAAAGAUGGGAAGGAUGCCAAAGAAGGCAAGGAUGCCAAAGCUGGGAAAGACGCCAAGGACAUAAAAGAUGGGAAACCUGAGGCGGAGACAAAGGCGGCGGAGGAGAAACCUGCUUCACCUGCCAAAGACGCAAGUGCUGAAACAGCGAAACCUGAGGCUGCUGCUGCCGCCUCGGGAGAGGGGGACAAACCUGUGGCUGUGGCUGAGGCUGAGGCUGAGGGAGCCAAGGCAGAGUGA